AUGUCGUGCACAUUUCCGCUCAGACAAAAGCCUCGUCUCCGGAGCCACAGCUCUCCAGAUACGCCAAAACGUAAAACUCGGCGCUUGCAGACCUCACACUCCGUUGGUGAAGAUGUUUUGCCUGGUCAUGAAAACAAUGGUGAUGGCUGUGAUCGCCUUACAGCGACCCUGUUCCAAGUGUUGGACUCGAAUGCAACGUCGGACGAGUCACAAGACCAUUACGCUCGCGAGCCCACGCUGAACAACAAUCCCACUUCCUCCUUCGAAGAGGCUACACGGCUCCGAGCAGAUGGAUUAGGUAAUGGCCACGUUCAAGAUUCUUCUAGUAGCCAGGGCGAGGACGCUUCCUUCGAACUCCCGGAUCUCAGAUUGUUGAUAAAUUCAGAAAACGAGGACCCUACAGACGUGCGGCCGUCCACACUGGAUUUUGGUUCAGGCAUGAAUGACCAAAGCUCAGCAGUCAGCGGGCGCGACGGUUGGGGCAUCCCUAAUGAAGUAGCCGUGGACCUGUGA